CCGCCGCCCUCCGCCCGUCCCCGAAGUCGGGCUCCGUCACCCUGGGAGCUCGGGCCCCGAGCAGCCGCUCCCCGCCGGCUGCCGCGGACCGCCGCCUCCGGGGCGCGGGGAGGGGGGAAGCAUGUCCCAGCGGGUGAGGCGCAAUGGGUCCCCCACGCCCGCCGGCGGCCUCGCGGGCGGCGCGGGCGUCCCGGCCGGGGGCCCCGGGAGCCGCCUGCAGCCCAUGAGGGCGACCGUGCCGUUCCAGCUGAAGCAGCAGCAGCAACACGGGACGGGCGCGCCCGUGACGUCCCCGCGCGGCACGGCGCCUGCGGCCCGGGCCAGCCCUCCGCGACCGCCGCCGCCGCCGCCCCUGCUGGCCACCGUGUCGUCCCCCGGCUCGUCGCCCACCCACCUGUGGCCCGGCGAGCUGCCCGCCGCCCCGCCCCCCGCGCGCGUCCGCCACCGGAGGAGGUCCCCCGAGCAGGGCCGGCCCUCGGCGGAGAAGAGGAGCCCCAGCGCCCCGGUGUGCAAAGCAGGUGACAAAACACGCCCGCCUUCCUCAAGUCCCUCCAGUAUUAUCCGUCGCACUUCCUCCCUGGAUACCCUUGCAGCUCCAUACCUUGCUGGGCACUGGCCCCGAGACACUCGUGGGCAAGCCACACCCUGCAUGAGGGACAAGGCCACACAGACCGAGAGUGCAUGGGCUGAAGAAUAUGCUGAAAAGAAGAAAGGGUCUCAUAAACGCUCAGCAUCCUGGGGCAGCACAGAACAGCUCAAAGAGAUUGCAAAAUUACGCCAGCAACUGCAGAGAAGCAAACACAGCAGUCGCCAUCAUCGAGAUAAAGAAAGACAGUCUCCAUUCCAUGGCAACCAUGCAGCUAUUAACCAGAGCCAGGCUCCUGCUCCAAAGAGCACUCUGGUUCCUGCCGUCCCCAUCACCAAGUCCUCAGGCUCCCGGUUCCGGAACAGCGUGGAAGGGCUGAACCAGGAGAUCGAGAUCAUCAUUAAGGAAACCGGGGAGAAGGAGGAGCAGCUGAUACCACAGGACAUUCCAGAUGGGCACCGCGCGCCUCCACCGCUCGCACAGAGAAGCAGCAGCACGCGCAGCAUUGACACCCAGACCCCGGGGGGCGCAGACAAGGGGAGCAACAACAGCAGCCGAUCUCAGUCUGUGUCCCCUACCUCCUUCCUCACCAUCUCCAACGAGGGCAGUGAAGAGAGCCCCUGUUCAGCUGAUGACCUGCUUGCUGACCCCCGGGAUAAAGAGAAUGGAAACAACUCUCCUUUGCCAAAAUAUGCAACCUCACCAAAACCUAAUAACAGUUACAUGUUCAAAAGGGAACCUCCGGAGGGCUGUGAAAGGGUCAAAGUCUUUGAGGAAUGCUCGCCAAAACAACUUCAUGAGAUUCCAGCCUUUUACUGUCCUGACAAAAACAAGGUGAAUUUCAUUCCUAAAAGCGGCUCUGCUUUCUGCCUUGUGAGUAUCCUCAAGCCGCUUCUCCCCACACCAGAUCUCACCCUCAAGGGCUCUGGUCACAGCCUGACCGUUACCACUGGCAUGACCACCACUUUGCUCCAGCCUAUCUCCAUGGCCUCCCUGUCCACAAACACAGAGCAAGACCGCGUGUCUCGAGGGACCAGUACAGUCCUGCCGUCCGCCUCCCUCCACGCCCCACCGGAACCCAUUGAGGAAGCUGAGGGAUAGGCCCAGCCUAUGUUCGGUGGGUCCUGGGAGCUGAGGACCCCGCAGAUCGCUUGACUGUGAUAGCAUCGUGUCCUCCUGGUUGGCUGUGAAGUGCUUUGGCUCUCCAGUGAUGUGUGACAGCGAGCGCGUCCCCUGUGAGUCUGCCCUGCGCAUGAAGGCCAGCGGUGCUUCGCCUGUCUGGCCUUGAAGCACUGGCUGAAACAGUCUCUUCUUUGCUUUUGGAGGAACAAAAUCACGUUUUCAUUUGUUUUCAAAUUAGACUUGUUUAAAAACAAACACAAAACCUGAUCCCUACAAACAUGAUUUCUGAAGGGAGAUGUGAUUGAUGCUGCAAGAAAACCAUCUUUUAUAUGAAAAUGACUAUUUUAUAAUACCAAUGUUACAUUUUCUGAAAGUAGCAAGCAGGAUGUUCAAACGAUCCUUUGGUGGCCUCUGUUUCUUGUUUCCCUUUUCUAGAUGUUGCUUUUCUCAGCUGUUUUCAGCUUUGGGACCAAAGGGAUUGUUGACAUUCCCCAGCAAUGUCAGUCAUGACUAUGUUCUCCUCCUAGGUAAGAGUUGAUAGGUAAAUGCAUCAAACCAAGUAUAUAUAAAAAGAUAAAAAGCAAUAUCCGUAUAUUAUGUGAUUUAUGUUUUUGAUGUCAGAAGUUUGUGAUUUGGGUGAAGUAUUUGUAAACUGCUGUUCUCUGCACUCCUGUUCAUGUGCUCAGUGCAGGCUGAAGACAGGUGGCUUCAACACGGGAGCUUGGGUUAGCAGUCAGUGAGCCAACAGAAACUCAAGUGUGGAUUGUUAGCUAGGAGUGUGGCGCUCUCUGGUUUUCUGUGAACUGUGUGUCACGUGGUUACCCUCCUUUGCCGGGUUUCAUUCUACCUUGAAUCAUCACUGUAUCAUAGCCCCAAGAGACCCUGAAAUGGCUGUGCAUGGAUUUCCUCCUCUGCUUUUGUGGUGGUGUUGUCUUGUGGAUUUGGUCAGGGUUCGUAGUUUGCCAGGAGUGUGAUCCAUUGAGUAGCAAUUGGGAGCCACAGGAAUGAUGUUCUUUAUGGGUUAGCACUGAGAUUUGCUGCCUACAGAUUUUGCUAGUUUCUCUCCAACGUUCUACACACUGGGGAAAGAGGUAAGAGGUUUGGAGCUUAAACAACAGGUACCUUUGGAAAAAUCUAAUCUAUACAGUUUUGGAUUUGGGCUCUUCUGGUAACCAUUGCCAGUGUCACAGGACAGUAUUUAAUUUCUAGGUAUGUGAUAAUAAAAUUAAGGAGCCACUCUUUAGAAAUUAAUUCCAUCAGUGUUGGUAAAGCAUUGUUUUCAUAUAUGCUAACUUAAUGCUGUUACAUACAGCAGGCAGACAGUGUAAACCCUACAUGGGAGGGCUACCAUUUUGAAGGCUAAUUCCAUCCACUAGGCCAGGCUUCGCUCCAUCCAGGGAAACCAAGAGAUAGCAGGGCACCUCCUGCAAGCUGUUUGUUACCUUAGAUCACCUAGCAAUUUAAAGUAGGCCUUACUUAAUUUCAAAUGAGGAUAAUUUAGGCUAAUCAGAUAAAUUUGAACAUCUAAGAGAAUCCAUCAGUUUUUGGUUGGGAAAACUGAUAGAUUUUGGUACUUUUGCCACCCAAAGCUUACUCCCUGGGAACUGGUAAAUCGUAGCUUCUAAGUUACUUUAGACUUCUUGGUUGGUGGUUGGAUUUUAUUUUUCAGUUUUGGGGAGUUUUUUUGUACCUUGAUUUCUCGCCUUGUCAUGCCUUUCUACUUUACUAUUUUACCACUAUCAGAAGUCUGGAAGAAAGGCAGAUGACAGUCCAUUGAGUUGAUCUGAAGGGAGGAGGAGGCGUCUUGUUUGUUUGUUUUUGAGAAGACUCUCUUAGGUAGCCCUGGCUGGCCUGGAACUCAGAGAUGUACCUGCCUCUGCCUCCCAAGUCCUGGGAUUAAAGGCGUGUGCCACCACGCCCUACUUGUCUUCUUUUUAAUCCUGUGGGUGUCCCCUGAAACUUGAAUUCUGUUAAAUUUGUGUUGUUUUUCCUUUGUCAUACACCACCUCGUCCCUGGCUUUACACGUAGAGUGUCACUCUGUGGUAGACAGGUCUUCCCUGUUCUGUUACUCUAGUUUGGCAGAUUGGCAUCUCUCUACAGUUGCAGGCAUCCGUGAAGUAGCACAGAGAGGGACUAACUUCAGGUCAGCAUCUGCCCCUACAAGUAGAACUUUGCUCUGAGGUCUGACUGGAAGAAGAUUGUGAAUGGGCGAGUAAAUGAGUUCUAUAGUGGCCAAACACUGAGUUUUGGAGAAACAGAGCCUGAGAUCUGAAGAAAAACAAAACAGAAAGGCUAGGUCCCCAAACAACCCAACUGCCAGGGCCAAAGGGCUAAUUUUUAAGCAUAUGAGCUUUAUUGCAGUCUUAAAAUAUAUUAACCAUAGGUCCACCUAGCUAUUUUAUUUAACUCUCAAUUCCCAGGUGGUUGGUUUUAAAAAUGGGUCUACUCUGAGUAGGGUGGGUGUGACUGUAUUGACAAACCAUACUCCGUAAUUAUGGUUAUUCUGUAGAAACUGUACAGCGGUAGAGUAGCUUCAGUGGAAAUACAGAUGUUUUUUUUCCAGUGCUGGGGAUCAAACCCAGGGCCUCGUGCAUGCUAAACAAGUACUGUGUCACUGGCUUAUUUCCCCAGUCCCUAAUUUAAAUUUUUAAGUAAAAGAAUUUACUUCCAUUGCAGUAAAAGUGGGUGGCAUGUAGUUUUGGCCAAAGGAGCUGUUUCUCCUAGUUAUUUGUCCAUCGUAGUUACUCUGUACCCCCAGGCAGUUUCUUCCAUGUGAUGAUAAACUUCAGGUUUACUGCUUCUGAUACGGUAAGUCUGUUACUUAUCAUUCAUUGCUUUAUGGACAGUUGUGUUUAAAAAAAUAGUUUUACUUUGGUUAAAUAUGGUGUGGAUGUCAAAAUUCAUUGUGCACCAGAUUCUUCAUUUUGUUUAGUGUUUCUUAGACCUGGGACCAUAACCAGGUCUGCCUCUCAGAAGAUGCUGUUGCUCACUGGGUGCCCCUGGCAACAGGGACAGGCUGCUUUUUAUCUUUAUUUUUUUGUUUUGAAUAAAGAAACAGUUGGCUUUUCCUAGAAGAAGGUCUUAAAAGAAUGGCAGAAUGCAUAGCUUUCUCUCCGUCUGGGAUUUGAACUGAGAUGUUACGGUUUUCUUUCAAGGAAACUAAAGUAAAAUUGUCACUAGUAACUUUGUCAAGUUGAGAUUCAUUCCUUAACGUUCCGUUUGGGGCGUGUCAGAAGUGGACUAAUGGAAGUGCUGAAUUUGCAAAAUAAAGCCAAGAUACUUAACUCUGCACUUUAAGGUUCCUGGUCACAGAGCGACUCUCCACAGUCUGCGUUUAUACAGCCCUGUUGGGGACAUACAACUUAUGUUUUCUAAGCUCUGCAUCUUUGUCUCUGUUGAUGUAAAUCUUUUUAAUGCAGUUUUUUAAAGUUAUAACAAAGUUCUGCCCCGAGAAAACAGCAUUUCCAGUGAUAAGUUGUUGUGGACUGUGUCCCUGCCCCUGAGCCCUCACUGCUGCGUCACAGGGACUACAACUUCCAUGUUCAAAUAAAGUCUGUUGUUCUGCAGCUUU